CCCACUUCAUGAUAGCAGAAGUUAUAUCACACUGAUCAGCACUACGCUUCAUCUAACAGCAUUUACAAGAUAUAUAUAUACACUAACAUUGGCAUGAAACAUUUAAAACCUUUUAUUCUGCUAAGAUCCUGUUGUUAAAGGCGUUUAUUGAAAGAGAAAGAUCUGUUGUAGAGUAAAGUCGGACACAGAGUUCCAAUCUGGUUUUAAAUAUGUCCUGUGCAUGCGGGCCUACAGCGAGAGUGAUUAUAAAGUCAGUUCAUAAAGGUUUCUCUCGUUCUCGGUUUCAGUUCUUUGCUCACAGUAGACCAGUGUGUAAUGAAGUUCAUCUGCCUCCAUUCAUACAUGUAAAAUCAUUUUCACAGACAACAGUGUGUUUUGCCUCUAAAGACAGCACGCCCACAGACGGAGAUGGAGGAAAGAAGAGUGUAAGUGAUGCCGGUGGAAAGCGGGCAUCUGGUGCAGGAGGUUCAGGUAAAGAUGGCAGUCAGCUGAGAUGCCCGAAAUGUGGCGACCCCUGCACACACGUGGAGACUUUUGUAUCCUCCACACGCUUUGUGAAAUGUGAAAAGUGCCAUCAUUUCUUUGUGGUUCUGUCUGAGACCGACUCUAAGAAGGGUUUGAAUAAGGAGGCAGAAGCCACCUCGGAGCACGCUAAAAUUGCGUUUGCUCAAAAAACCCCUCCACCUCCUAAAAAGAUUUACGCCUACCUUGACAAAUAUGUUGUCGGCCAGUCCUAUGCCAAGAAGGUGUUGGCAGUUGCCGUAUAUAAUCAUUACAAGAGGAUCUACAACAACUUCCCAGUGGUGGGCCAACAGCAAGUGGAAGCUGAGAAACAGAGUUCACUCACUCCAAAAGAACUUGAGAUCAGAAGACGUGAAGAUGACUACAGGUUUACAAAGCUGCUUCAGAUCGCUGGGAUCAGUCCCCAUGGUAACGCUUUAGGUGCAUCUGUUCAGCAGCAGACCAAUCAGCAAACUCCUCAGGAAAAAAGGGGCGGGGAAGUGCUUGACUCCACCCAUGCUGAUAUUAAACUGGAGAAGAGCAACAUUGUGCUCCUGGGACCUACUGGAUCAGGUAAAACCCUGUUGGCACAGACUCUGGCUAAAUGUUUGGAUGUGCCCUUUGCUAUCUGUGAUUGUACCACCCUGACCCAGGCCGGCUACGUAGGCGAGGACAUCGAAUCUGUUAUUGCCAAACUUUUGCAGGAUGCCAACUACUCAGUGGAGAAAGCCCAGCAAGGUAUAGUAUUCUUGGAUGAGAUAGAUAAAAUCGGCAGUGUGCCUGGCAUUCAUCAGCUCCGAGAUGUUGGGGGUGAAGGAGUUCAGCAGGGUUUGCUGAAACUCCUUGAGGGAACAAUCGUUAAUGUUCCAGAGAAGAACAGCAGGAAGUUGAGAGGAGAGACUCUGCAGGUGGACACAACCAACAUCCUGUUUGUGGCAUCAGGUGCCUUCAACGGGCUGGACAGGAUUAUCAGCCGCAGGAAAAAUGAGAAGUAUCUUGGUUUUGGGACACCCUCAAACCUGGGCAAAGGACGUCGAGCUGCAGCAGCUGCAGAUUUGGCCAACACUUCAGGCAAUGAUGUGGACGCAAUGGCAGAGAUUGAGGAGAAGGACCGGCUCCUGAGGAAUGUUGAGGUGCGAGACCUCAUUGAGUUUGGCAUGAUCCCGGAGUUUGUUGGCCGUCUACCUGUGGUGGUGCCACUGCACAGUCUGGACGAGCAGAUGCUGGUGCAGAUUCUAACAGAGCCUCGUAAUGCUGUGGUUCCUCAGUAUCAGGCACUCUUCAGUAUGGAUAAAUGUGAGUUGAAUGUAACUCCAGAUGCUUUGAAGGCAAUCGCUCGUCUGGCUCUGGAACGGAAAACAGGUGCCAGAGGCCUUCGCUCCAUCAUGGAGAAGCUCUUGCUGGAGCCAAUGUUUGAGGUGCCUCACUCUGACAUCAUGGCUGUGGAACUGACUAAGGAGGUAGUCCAGGGCAAGUGUGAACCACACUACAUUAGAGCUCCCCCAAAAGAAACUGAGGAAGAGUUUGACUCUGGCAUUGAGGAAGAGAACUGGCCCAGACACGCCGACGCUGCUAAUAACUGAAUGUGAAGCUGUCGAUUGAAGAUUGUUGUUAUUACUCCAGGCAGUAAACUUCAGAAACCUCAUCAUCAUAAAGUCCUUUUAGCUGGACCUGAGCAGAGAAGUGUUUUUUGUAUCACAACAAACAAAAGUUUUAUACAUUAAUCACCAUUUGCUGGUUUAUUUAAUAACCAGAAUAGAAAAGAUAUGAAAAAGUAUUAUUAAAAAAAAAACAGGUACACUAACAAAGUGAAGCUCUUGCUAAUUUCAAUCUGUGGGGAUUGUAAACAUUUCUAUCUGUCUAAAGAUAUUUACUUAAAAAGACUUUAGUGGAUGACUUUUUUUUUCUGUCGGUGUAUGUGGGUUUCAUUUUAGUAUGUUCUGUUUCAGCAGGACAUCAUCUACCAGACUGAUAUCACAGGUGUGGUAUUUUCGUAAGCCUCUCUUUUAACCAUAAUGUGAAUAUCUAAAACACAAACUCAGUGUACAGUGUUAAACAGAUCUAGUUUUUAGAAUAUAUCUUUUUUGGGACUAUCUGUAAAUUAAAAACUGAACAAAAACAAUGGGAUAAUUUAACUUUUCUACACUCUGUCAAUGAAAGUCAUUUUUUGUUGUCCUGUUGCUAUAGUAACUGUGUGCUGUAUAUUUGUGUACUCAAAUCAUACAAAUUAUUUGUUUUUUUCUUGUGCGCCCAGCGUAGACAGGAUGUAGAAUACGUUUUUGAGUAAUGAAAAUAGCUGUCCUAAAGAUCUAUGAAAUGAAACCAUUAGAAUCUGUGUGGGUCUGUUGUUCAUACACGUGGGACAUCCCGUUUAUAGUUUAUAGAGUGUCAGCAUAGAGCAACACCUUCAGUUUAUAUGCAGUGGCGUCCAAACUACAGUCUAAAUCCAAAUUAAAAAUAAAGAAACAACGUUUUAGGAUUUGUAAAAAUGCAGAGCAAAGAAACAUGGUGUGAAAUGAAUAAGAAAUAUUUAUGGUUCUGCACUAUUUGUAGGUCACUAAUCAAAUAUGAAACUUUUCACUCAAAUUGUCAUGCUUAUAAUAUAGUUAGUAAUAUUGUUUUAACUCUUCAACUACUAUUCUAAUAAUUAUGUAUAAUACAUAUUUAGGGUGUUUACUGGUUUAAAAUGCUUCAUCCAAAAAUUAUCUUAAUUUCCCCCCUAUUUUUUCUUUACACCAUUUAUUACAUUGCUAAUUACCAUUAGCGAAAAAACAUCAAAGCAAUACUUCUUUUUUAGAAUCUCAAAUAAUUCAUAGAUUGUAACUGUUUGAAUAUAUAAAUAAAAUAUGUAUAUUUGUAACAUGAGUUUGAGUAUUGAACAGCUUUUGAAAGGCCUUAAAGAUCAAUUAAAUUAUUUUACACAUUUGCAUUUACCAAGUAAUAGUUUUUAUAUGUGGGGCUUCUUGUGUAUAGUCCCCUGGAAUGCAGCAUAGAACAACAUCAAUAGUGUGUCUACAGUUGCAAGAAAAAGUAUUUGAACCCUUUUAAUUACCUGCAUUUAUGUAUAAAUUUGUCUUUAAAUCUGGUUUUAUCUUCAUCUUAGUUACAACAAUGAACAAACCCAAUCUGUUUUAACUAAUAAAACACAAAUUAUUGUA